UGAAGCCCCGCCCCGCACCCCCUCCCCUUCCGGUGGGCGGGGCCUGUUUUGUCUCGGCUGGUUCCGCUGCAGUGCGCCAUGGAGGCUCAUCAGAACCAUCUGCAGCAGCUGGCGGUGAGUUCUGAACAGAACCGGUCCUCACUGCGGACCAGUCAAUUCAGCUGAUUGAAAACUUCGAUCAGAACCGAUGCCAGCAGACAGAACGGGUCGGGUACCUGCAGAGACGGAACACGACCCGUUCUAAGUGGGUUCAGAAAAGGUCGGAGGUCAGGCUCUUAGAAGGUUCCGCAGAACCGGACCGGGUUUAGCCGGGUUCUCAGGAGAAAUGGGCUGGUUCUCUGCCUCCAGCGGUUGGUUCUGAUUGAUGCUGGUAUUGAUCCGGUAUGGAUCCAGUCUGGGAAGAUUCUGCAUUCAAACCGGGCCAGCUUUAUUCAGAACCACUCAGAGACAAAUGCACUGGCAGUCGGCCAGCAGGAAACGCCGCCUCAGAUACACACAACCUCUGACAUCAGCUGUCAGGUUCUGGUUCUGGUUCUGGUUCACUGAGGCCAAACUGACUCAGUCUCCCAUCAUACCUCAGGAAAACAGGAAGUGGCAGACGGAGAUGGAGAAUAAGCGGCGCCAGCUGGAGGAUGAACGGAGAGCUCUGCAGCACCUGAAGUCGAAGGUUCUGAGGGAGCGCUGGCUGCUGGAAGGACCCGCUGGACAAGACCAGAAUCAGAACCAGGACCCGGACCAGGUCCAGAGUCAGCUGGAGGAGGACAAGGCCAGAACCAGAACCCUGGAAGAGUCCAUCAGGAGGUUGGAGCAGGAAGUUCAGGAAGUUUCUAGUCUGGAAACUGGACUUGUCUCUCAGACCACAGCGCACUCUGCUAUGAUGUCAACACCUGACCCAGCUGUUGAGGUCAAAGGUCGCAGCAGAAUGGAGCUGGGCGGAGCUAAGCCGUCAGGUCAGGUGAUCCAAGACCCUGCAGAGGUCAAAGUUCACAAAAGUCUUAAAGUCAGUAAAUCAAGAGAAGCCCGGGGUGAGAUAAAGAAAGAACCUGUAGGUGGGCACCAGCGCCUGGGACCUGCUGUCACCAUGGUAACCACCAGGCGGAGGCCACCCUGGAGGUCACCUGUCAGGAUGAAGCACCAGCAAGAACAGGCCAGGUCCAGUUGGAGCAGCAGAAUGUUCCAGUACACUCCGCCGUGGAAGGUUCUGGCUCUCAGUCUGGACCCGGAGAACAAGAAACUCUCAACCGAAGACUGUUGGCCUGUUUGGUCCCCACAAAGUUCUCAAAGAUCCAGAGACGGUUCUCCCCCCUGUGUCUCCGCAACGCCCCCUACAGGCAUGGACAGCUCCCCCAGGAGGUGGGUGCUGAAGCCUCUGUCCCCCCUGCUGCAGCCCUCAGACCUGAGAACCAUCGUUGGGUCAGCUCCUGGCCUGGCGGACCGGGACUCUAGCUCCUGGGAGAACAACGAAACCCAGAUCGGCCUCGUCGAAGUCCGGCAUGACACGGUGCAGGACGGGAACUCUAGCGGUGACGAGUGGCAGCCCAACAGUCCCGGUAGCAGCUCCGGCUCUCAGAGCGGCUUCUACUCCUUUGUGGAGGAUCCCAGGAGUCCGGAGGCGGAGCUGAACGAAGCCUGGAUGGUGUCACCACAGCGCCAGGCUCAGCUGGCCGUCCUGAAGAAAGAGAAAGGAUUCAAACUACAGACCUACAGCAGCAACAAGAAGCCAGAGAGUCUGUUCUCAGAGAGCAAUGGAGACCAUCAGUAUAUAGUGGAUCCCAACAACGGGAUAAAAAUGAUAGAUGAGGAUGAGGAGAAGCAGCUUCGUAAGAUGAUCAUCCACAGCCAAGCUCCUAGGAGGAGCCAACCAGAACCACAGAACCAAGCGGAGGUUCUGGACCCCAUCCUGUCCACAGAUAGACUGAUAGAGGGGUUCAGUUUGAGCUUCAGUCCUGAUCUCUCCAGACCAGAACCUCCUCAAACCGCUGCGCCAGGGGCUGUGGUGAAGGAGCAGAUCAACUUUGGUGCAGCCCGACAGAAGUUUCUACAGAUAGAGCAAGACCGACUGUCACGGAUGCUCAGUCCUGUCCGGUCCCCAAGAAUCCCACUGGACUUGACUCCAGAAUUGGGUCCUAAUGUUUAUGUGUCGAGGAAAGUGAAGGUCUACGGUGCCAUGGAGGCAGGAGGUAACACGACUCCAAUUAGACCAGCAGGCGGAGAUGAGAUGGAUCUUCAGAGGAGAGUGACAGUGCUCCGGUCCGAUGGCAGUCUGAGUAGAGAGAGUAGCGUCUUUGAAGACUCUGGCCAUGAGGAGCUGUCAGUAGAAGUGGCUGGAGGCUACGCCAGUGAUGACAGCCUGCUUGAUCACUGCAGAAAAUCCAAGGUGUUCCCUGAAACCCCCAUUGAGAGGGAGAUCCGAUUAACUCAGGAACGUGAGGCGGAGCUGCGGAAGUCUCGAGGCCUGAAGCACAGCAGUGGUCAAGCGGAGAUGGUCAGAAUCAAAACCAGACGUUCACUGCUGUCCUCGACACCUGACAGAACCUUCGAGAAGAAUCCACUGAGCUUCAUCCUCCACAGAAAAACCCAAAGGGAGGAAGGCCCCCAGCAACCAGAGAUCCAGGAACCAGAUGGCAGAGCUCCUCCUCCACAGCUGGGGUACAAGAAAGAAGAGGCUGAGCCACACUCAGGAGAAAAGCCUGAUUCCGAUUCUGGAACAGACGAAGUGUUCCUUUCUCCAUGCUGUCCUCACCGACAUCCUGAUGAGUCCUGGUUCUCCCAGACGAACCCAACCGCCACCUUAUUCACACCAAAGGACUCUGAGGGCAGAAAACAAACAGCUUCCUCCCCUCCUGCUUCUCUCGUAUCAUCAACCCUGCAUGAACUAGAGCUCCCUCAGAGCUGGAGGAAGAACCUGGAGUCCACAGGCCUGCAGUCCAGAGGGCAAGGAGCUCCAGACUUCAUUGAGAAGGAGAUUGAAGAAGCUCUGAAAAGAGAACAGGAGCUGAAAGAGCUGAGGGAGUCCAUGAAGGAAACCAACCGACCCAUCUUCUCUCCGGUUCCUCUGGUGGAGCAGGCAUCCAGGACGGCCAUGAGGCAGUUCUACCCACCACUUAAAACAGAGAAACCCGCCAGUCUGUCCUCGUCCUCUCCUCAUCUCAGCGUCCGGCUGCCCUCCGCCUCCCUCGUCACCGCUAAGCCCUGGGCCUCAUCGGCGUCCCCGGCCUCUUCCUCCCCACUGGCGGUCCGGACGGUUCCUCGAGGUUUGACGGAAAUGCUGCUGAUGGACUUUGAGGAACACCGAGCCAAGCUGAAGCUGGAAGAGAGCGCUUACGCAGGAAUCCAGCCGGUUGAUGACAUCAACAAUGAGGUGGUGGAGUCCACUCGAGUCGUUCGUCAUAAGAACCAGAGAGCGCUGCUGUGGGAAGCUGGACAGUUCGCCAACCAGGACAACCAGUGAGACCACCAGGACCAGCUUUGGUUCCAGAACCAAGUGUGGACCAAUCCUGAGCAGGGUCAUGGAUCAGCAGCAUCCACUGAUGGACCCUUAUAGACAAGAUGUUCUCACCUGAUCCAAUCAGCUGCUGAAUAAACGUCCAGUGGAGACAACUGGUCGCUUUCAGUCUGACCUCAGAGCGAAGCAGGAGUUUGAUUUUGGCACUUUUAAUUAGACAAAACUAAACAGGAAGUCAGUAACUGCUCAUGAUUGAAAUUGAUGCCCUAAAAUUGAUUGUUGAUUGUUGGAGUUCUGCUGUUUGUCUGGAUGGGUUCUGGACUUGAGAACUUCGCAGUCCAUCAGCAUGAACUUCUUCCAUGCUGAGGUCAGAGCCUCCUGUGACGUCACAUCCCUGACCCAACCCACAGGUGGCGGAGCCAUGUUAAAAACCUGAGGUUUCUCCACCAGACAGGAAGCAACCAUAUUUGGAGAUGAUCCAAGAAACCCCUACUCCUCCCCAACCAGCAGGGUGCGCUCUGAUUGGAGAACCUGUUCACUGACAGGCAUUCUGCUGAUGCUCCCACAAUAAUAAUAAACUGAUUUUAAUCUCUGAGUUUUGUUCCUUCAGUAAAUAAAGAAUAAGUACAUCUACGAUACUAA